ACAAACCAUAAAUUGACCAAAACUUAAAUGACUUCAAAUUAUCACUUCAACACCCAAGUUCACAACUCACCGGUUUAUAUCUUCUCUACCCAAAAGUCCCAAAACCCAUUGGCUCAAAACCUCCCCAGUCCCCAUUGGCCAUUGCUGCGUUUCUGUGUCCCGUUCUCCAAAUAAAUUAAUCAUGCCGAACCAUUACUGGGAAUUUGACAUGGGAAAUUUGGACCUUAACAAGCUGUAUUUGGUCUCAGCUUUUCUUGCUAUGGAACCAUCCGAUUCUUUAAUUUCUUUAGCAAGGAGAUGUGGGGGUGGCUUCAUUUCAGAGGAAGUGCAACAAUUCAUUUGGGAUUAUUGCAUCAACAAAUUUGAUGAGAACCUUCAUGUACCUUACUUGAAACUAUUUCUGAAGAAGCUCAUUAAAGAAAUUGAAUUAACUGGCAGCAAUGUGUUGGAUGAAUUUUAUGAACGUUAUGCUCACUACAUGGUUUCUUUGAAGGAAGACGCAUCAGAAAAAGCAUGGAUUGUGAAAUGCAUAUCAUUUAUUUUUCAUGACAUUCCUAGUUACCCUGGUGAAAUGCAGAUGGUUGUGCCACUACAAUGUUCUCUUAACAUGCUUCAAGGGGACACUGGGUGUGCUCUUUGGCCUUCUUGUCUUUUUCUGUCAGAGUUUGUUCUUUCAUUCCCUGAAGUUUUUACGAGAAAAUCAUGUUUUGAGGUUGGUUCAGGUGUAGGUCUGCUUGGUGUCUGCCUUAAUCAUGUUAACGCCUCGCAGGUUAUCUUGUCAGAUGGUGAUGCAUCAAGUUUAGCAAAUUUGAAGAUUAACUUGGAAAUGAAUAAGAUUGAAAAUCCAGAAGCUUCUUUAGAUAAAAGUACAGAUAGCUCAUAUAUGGUGCAAUGCAUACAUUUGCCAUGGGAGUCUGCAAAAGAGAGUGAGCUUCAGCAAAUCAAGUCUGAUAUUGUUUUGGGAGCUGAUGUAAUCUAUGAUCCAUCAUGCCUCCCACAUCUUGUUCAAGUGCUAUCCAUUUUUCUAAAUCGAAGAAAAACCAGUGACAGUAAAUUGAAUGGCAGUGCUCGUGUAGAUAAUAAAGAAGAAGAUUGCCUCGGUGAUGAUUCUACGGAAUCCAACACAGCGACAUUACAGGAAGCGACUUUAAGAACCUUGAUCAAAGAAAUGGAUAUUGGUCCGGUGGCCAUUAUUGCCUCAGUGAUACGAAACAUUGAUACUUUCAAUUGUUUUCUGAACUUAUGCUGUCAAAAUAAUCUUCUUGUUAGGGAUAUAACCAAAUCUAUUAGGCCAUAUAAUUUGCUACCAUACAUGGAAUCAUAUAAGAGAUCAGAUGUACACUUGCUGGUGCUAUCCUAUGUAAGCUAGUAAAGUAGUGAAAGUGUGCUCAUAACAAUGUAUUUUUGCAACAACUCUAUUUAUCUCUAUUAAGAAAGCAAAAUUCUUUUGUAGUUUUGUUGAUGGGGUUCCCUUUUAACUUUGUAACGAGUGCUAAAAGCAUUCUCAAGGAAAUAGUUUAAAACGUGGAUUAUUAUGUAAAA